UACACCUAAGAGGCUCCUCCGCAGUGCACCGUCACACCACACACCUGUGGAUCACUUGGACCUUGCAGCUCCUAACUUCAUAUACAUCGUGGUUAUUAUUCACCGUGAAACAAUGACGUACAACAGCAGGAUGGCUGUGGCGACAUGGUUGGUGAUGGUGGUGAUGAUGGUGAUGAUGCAGAGCGUUCAUAGUCAUCCUAUGAUACAGAGGGAGAUCUCCAACCCUGCCUUCGACAGCAUCAGCCAGCAUCUGGACCCUGAAGGGAAACACCUGUCAGAAGACGACUCGCUGGAGGCAGUGCUGCUGAACUACCUGUACGCCAAGCAGAUGGUCGAGCGGCUCAGAAACUCGCAGGACAUCAGUGACCUGACGCGCAAGCGCUCCUAUUGGAAGCAGUGCGCCUUCAAUGCCGUCAGCUGCUUCGGGAAGAAGUGAGAAGCUGGCGUAUGCAGUUUACUGUGAAGAGGUUUACUGCUCUCCUUAGGAGGCUAUAGUUCCCUCCUUAGGAGGCUGUAGUUCCUUCCUUAGGAGGCUAUAGUUCCUUCCUUAGGAGGCUAUAGUUCCUUCCUUAGGAGGCUAUAGUUCCUUCCUUAGGAGGCUAUAGUUCCUUCCUUAGGAGGCUAUAGUUCCCUCCUUAGGAGGCUAUAGUUCCCUACAUAGGAGUUGUAGUUCCCUCCUUAGGAGUCAUAGUUCCCUACAUAGGAAGCUAUGUAGUUUCAAAGUAAGGAAUGAUCAGAGCUAAUUAAUACUUAGAGGUACUAAUUAUAUUUAUUGAUCGGAGUUUCGAAGAAUGUAAUACUGCAAAUAGGUUGCUUAGUGCGAAUUCCCGGAUAGUUUCAUACGCUCAUUUGUCCCACGAGCGUAAUAAUGCAUAUUCUGUUAAUAUAAUUCACGAGAUGCAACAUUUAAUUAUUAUUGGAAGUGGUCACAGAAAACACAUUAUAUAUCUGUGCAAAACCUAACUACGUAACAAUAAUUUCUUGGAUCCAAACUAAUAAUUUACUGCUGCUGGGUUUCAGUCAAUUCAAUGUCACACAUCAUUCCAUAGUCCAUAGUUAAUAAUAGUAAAAAUCGAGAGUGUGCAUGAUUUUUUCCGUAGAUUGAUUGUCUACGAAAGUACGAAAAAUAUAACGUAUAAAACA